AUGAACACUGAAGAAACCGCGACAGGAGCAGCUGCAGACGGGGUUGCUCAGUUUACGAAGCUCCCACCCGAGCUUCUUGUGAGGAUUCUGUGCCAGGACGCGCUUGAGAUUACUGACCUCCUGAUGUUUGGAGCAACGAGCAAGGACUUGCAUGGUUUCAUCGAUGGAUCUGCGGAGCUCUGGCGCACCCUCUAUGUAAGGGACUUUACGAAGCUUCAUCCUGAGGAGAAGAACAUGGAUGCAAAGCUGAUCAAGAAGCGGUACAGGCAGAAGCACGUCCGACUGGCACGUAAGGGGAAGGCCGUCAAGUGGUCACGCGAAACCAUCAUCGAGACUGGAGAGCUCAUGGGGGACUUCGUGUCGCACGCUCGAAAGCGUUGGUGGCUGCGCCGCACCUUGGCAACCUGUGCCUCGUCUUUGGGGUUUCGAGAAUAG